AUAGGAGAAUGAAAGCUGAUCCAAUCGAAGUCAAAAUUACACACUUCAAGCAGCAAUUACCUGUUGAAAUGGAUAGGUUUUGGUCAUCCUCAGAAAACAAAAUGGGUCUCCAGCAAAUGUUCAUCAAUUGGAUGAUUGAGUGUUGUCGAUCAGAAAUUCCUGUUUUCCUUGGUGGUGCAAACACCGAUGAUAUAACAUCUUGUUUGAAGCUUUGCAAUGGGGAGAGAUCUGUUGUUCCAUCACUCAGCAAUGAUCACGAAGAAGCUGAUGAUCGCAUCAUGUACCAUGUUAGCCAGUCAAUCUCAGAAGAAAGAUUUGAGAAAGUUAUAGUUGCUUCUCCAGAUACUGAUGUUUUUGUAUGUUCUGUUUACCAUUUCAAGCGUUGGAUUUUCAAUGGUUUGAAUGAGUUGUGGGUAGUCAGCGGUAGGAGCGGUACAACAGUUGCAUUUCCUGUUCAUGACCUGGCAGAGAGGAUUGCUCCUGAAGUUAUAGAUAUCUUACCAGCUGUGCAUGCAUUAACAGGAUGCGACACAACAAGCAAAAUUGGAACAAAAACAGCAGCGUUAAAAGUUGCGUCUGGAAGUUGUUUUGGUGAACUAUCUUUCUUUGGUGUAUCUACUUUGAAUGAAGAAUUAGUCGACUUAGCACAACAUUUUAUGGUACAUUGUAUUUCAAAAGAUAAGGACGUUAUCUAUUAUAAAAAAUCGCAACUGUUAGAUUUAGAGAAGCUUCCUCCCACAUCGUCGAGUGCAAUAUUACAUAUUAAACGUUCCUAUCUUCAAACGUAUGUAUGGUUACAUGCCCCAUUUGUGAGAAGUAUUGACAUAGAUCCAACACAUUACGGCUACGUAUUGGAUGAAGAAGGUGAUUGCCUGAAGCCAAAAAUAACUGAAGAUGACGUUUUGCCUGAUGAUUUACCACAGCCUUGCAACUGUCUGAAAUGUGCUCGAGCUAAUGUCUGUAUAUGUCGAAUAAAUAACAUUAACUGUUGUCAAUAUUGUAACUGCAAACGCGAAGAGUGUCAAAACCCAUUCGAAUGAAAUUAGUAAAUCUCAAUAUCAUCAACGAACAAAGGCGCAUGAUAUUUUUGUUAUAAUAGUUUUUUUAUAUAUAUAGUGUCGUUUUACUCUUAUCGUUUGAUCAAGAUUUUUUAUCAAGAGCCUGAAUAAAAUAAUUUACAAUACUCCAAAUUAUGAUCAGUAUUGAAAUUUUUAGUUUAGUAUGCUUCACUUAAAUGCUUCUAACUUUUGAACGGUACAUUUUCAGACCCAAGUUCUAAUGUGAUUAUUGAUCAGUAUUAAAUUUGUGAUCGAUUGAUAUAUAACAUGACCAUAUUUGGAAAAUUACGCCCUUAUGCAUUUUUUGCGCCCUUCCGCCAUCUUUCCCGCCAAACGACUAUGAACCAAAAUGGGAAAGUAAGUUUUUUCUGACCUUUCCAUCAUGUACCUUCAGGAUUUGAAGUCAGACCUAGUGUACAUUGAAGUGCAUACUCAACCCCCCAGGCUCCCAGAGUAAUAACUAUAUAUACAAUAAUUUCAAGUAUUUUGUGAUACUAUUAUUUUACUUUCAUGCUUAUCACACAAGCCAAUAACAAAAUGGGAACAUGCAUCCUUUAAUAAUCCACAUUCAUCACAUCUUAGCACCAUUCCACCACUGUUCCGCCUACAGUAUUUACAAUAACCUAUAUCCUUAUUGACAAAAUAAUAUUAGAUAAACUAACAAAAGUUAGUUAAAUAAAAUUUAUAUACACUUCUUGUUUUAAGAUAAUUAAAUAUUUCCCAAAAGUACAAUUUUUUAAUUUUUAUUAAAUGAAUUUACACAAUAAAUCACAAUUAAUGAAUAUUGAUUAGCUUGUGUAUAAUUCAUAUAAAAUUGUACUUUUGGGAAAUAUUUGAAUAACUUUUGGAAAAAAAUUGUGUAUAAAGAGUGUAUGUAUCUAACUCUUGGAUAAUAUUCUGAAGAAGACUUUGGUAAAGUGCAGAAAGGACCACCAAUCAGGUUCAGGCCAGCUUGCUUUGUGUUGAAGAAUAAUCCCGGGGGUUGUACCCAAAAUAUAUCUCAAUUUUUGACACAUUCACAAAAAAUUAUUUAAAAGUAAUAAAAGUAUUUAAUAACGUUACAUUUACGGUAAAAAGGCUAUUUCAUUCAUACGGGACGCAAAUAGUUUGCAUUGCUACUUCCUUUAUUCUCCUCAUGUGUCACCCCCUUGUCAUAAAAGCAGAAUAUACUGACGUAAACAUAAAGUUUGUUUUCAUGAUAGCGUUUUCAGCGAGAAAACUACGGGCAUUUCUGUCAGGUAAUGUUCUGAUCUGAUAAGCUUUUCUGAGUAAAAUCGUCACAUGAGUGAUAUCCAGCUAGCUUCUUUAUUUCCACUCACAAGCUAAGCUGAACUAACAAGCAGCUUUUUAGAGGGAGAUGUUCUCCAGGAGAUAUAUUUAUUUUCCAUCUUUCUCUAGCAAUCCACCAUGCAACUUUUUGUUGAGUAUCAUUUAACGUUGUAAAAAUGUUGUAAAAUAUGUGGAUGUACUUUGAAAGUGGAAAAAUUAAGGACUUAAACAGUGAAGCUGAUAUGAUACUGAAAAUGGAAUAGUAUGCAACCACUUGCAUGUUAGAUAAGAAGAACUUUACUGGUAUUUUGAAGUUAUUAUGACAGUUACAUGGAGCCCUGACCAAUGAAGAAAUAUCUUCCGUAUUCCGUUUGCUGUAAGGUGGAACAUUAACACCCAUAUCCGAAAGUUUUUUAAAGCGUUUUUUGAGAUAUGGCGUACAUGUCGAAUACAGCAAUGUGCAGUUAAUCUUUAAAUGAUACUGAUACACUAUGAUGAUACGCUGCAAUAUGCUAGAAGUAAAGUCGAUUACAUUGUGGGUGAGAAUGUGUAUAUGUUACCAAGUAAUUUAAACCUUAGGAUAGGUAAAUUAAUAAUUAUAAUAAUGAGAUCCUAGUAUCUAAAACAGGUUUUGGUACUAAUCUUAAAGUUAAUACGGAAAGGAAACCGGAUCUUAUACCAAAAGAAAAGAAACCAGAUCCGACAACACCAAAGAAAAAGAUACCAGAUCCUAUACCACCAAAGAAGACAGAUCCUACAAUUCCAAUUGAUAAAACUGAUAAUACAAAAUCAGAAGUACCGACAGGUGAAAUAACUCAUCAGGAAGAGAAAAUAGCUCUAAUUUCAACUAUAAUUUUUUUUAGAUAGAUUAUCCUCUUUUUCUUGUCAUAAAGUAUGUAUAGAUAAACACACCUAUACCUGUAAUAAGUGCCCAUAUAUUUUGUGAUAACCAUCCAAUGGUAUCCUUUGCUCUAUUUAGUAUCCAUGCGACCACGGAUCCUAUUAUACCUGGUAGUGCUGCCGCUGCUUUUCCUGCUAAUUUACCUAUAGUAGGCUGGCAAGUGCUGGCAAGUGAAUUCCUUUUCCGCUAGGUUUAUCACCACCUGAGUUUUUUGUGGAUGCCGUUGUUGAUCCACCGUCUGGUAAUAAUGCUUCAACGAGGACACCGAUAGCCAUACCAAAGGCUGUUAGAAUUGAUACUAUUAUUAUUCCCAGCUCACGGAAGAGGUUUUUAAUCCUUUCAUCCAAUGUACCGGUUUCCUUAUCCAAAAAACGUGAAAGUGAGUCUUAAUUUUGUUGUAUUUGAUUUGAAAAUCCGUCCUUUAAUAUGGAAAUCUCUUGUUGCCUUGCUAGUUCAUUUAACCUAGUUCUCAGUCCUUGCUUGACUUCCUCAUCCACCCCGGGAUCAUUUUCAACCUCUGCUAACUUCUGUUGAUCUUUUUGUAUGUGAUCUUGUAAUUCAACACUUAUAGCUACAGCUAAUUUAAGGGCUGCACGGGUGGUUUGCAUUGCUUUAUCAUGACUAUUCAGAUCUGGCUGUGGUAAUAGCUGCUCCCUUUCAUCAUAAAAGAUGUUUCAUUCUCUAUUUCUUUAGUAUCAUUGAUAAUGUUCAUGGUACGAUCAACUAAUUCAAUAAAUUCAUCGUUAUUGGCAUCAUCCAUCUUCAUAUUGAUCUCUUUCAGCUCAUUUUCUUUUUUUAAUUCUUGUUGUAUUUGUUUAUUUCGAUCAAGACCACCAAAACCAAUAUCAUUUAAAAAUUUUGGGCUAAAUAUAUUUUGAUAUCCACCGUCAGUACGCCAUUCAUUGUUGUUUCUUAAUACUGAUACCAGUUCAUUUGUUUUCAUAUUCUUGACAUAAACCCCUUUCACCAUCACCUAUUAGAUGGUGGUAAAAUCUACCGAAACAACCACUGUAUCAAAUAUAUCUACCAGCACCAAAGUAUGUUCUGAGACCUAAUUCCUCAUAUUCUAUUUAUGAUACAACUAAUGAUAUACAUCAGGUAGAUAUCUUGUAUCUUUCACAUGAUAAGUACAAAAGAAAAACAUAGAAGUAUGUUCUCUGUGUUGUAGAUGUAGCCAGCAGAUACAAAUCAGCAUAUCAACUAACCAGUAAAAGCUCAAAAGAAACUGCUGAAGCCUUUGAUUGGAUAUAUGGUAAUAUCGAAUUAACAUUCCCCAAAACAUUGAUUUGUGAUGCUGGUAAAGAGUUUUAUGGUGAUGUUACCAAACUUAUGAACAAGCAUAAUGUAAUAAUACAACGUGGUGAUUCUAGCCAGCAUAGAAGUCAAGGUAUUGUAGAACGAUUUAAUAAAACAUUAGCAGAUAGAUUAUUUAGUUAUCAAUACCAUAAGGAGUUUGUAGAUCCACCAAAAAGUAAUAGAGAAUGGGUUGGUAGAUUGCAAACUGUAGUCAGUGCUUUGAAUAACGAAAAAAACAGACUAAUUUAUGUGAAACCUGUAGAUGCUAUAAAACAUACUUUAGUGAAGCAAGGAUAUUCACAGCCCAUCAAAAGUGAUAAUAAAAACAUUACUUGAUGUUGGUACUAAUGUUAGAUAUCUAUAUGAACCUGAUGAAUUGGAAGGACAAGUUUAUGAAGGUGAAAGACGAAAACGAUUUACUGAUCCAAUAUGGUCAGUGGAUGUAUAUAAAAUAAAAGAUAGAUACAUUAAAAUUAAUCAACCAACGUUAUAUUAUUUAGAUGGUGGUCCUAAGAGAUCCUUUGUUUUUGAAGAGCUUCAACCCAUUUAGAAUCUUAAGAUAUUAGGUCCCAUAUUCUUUCUAUUUCCUUUUGUCUAGACUGUGUUUUUAAUUUUAGGAUUAUUUUUGCAUAAUCAUUCAUACCCAGUGCUUGGAAUAUCUUUUUUAGUGUAAAGUAAUAGUUUAUAAAGCUCUUUUUCUUAUUUGGUUUGUACUUAUUGUAUAGGCGACUUAUGACAGUAAAUGGAUGUUGUACUCGAUCGCGUUCCUCUAUUGUUAGAUGUGGAAACGAUUGAUUCAUUAAUGUAAAAUAAAUAUAAAAAAUGCUAUGCUUGUUUUUUUUUAAUAGGGAUUCUAGUAUGGGGAUACUGAGUAUAGUAUAAUUGUAUACUAAAUUGUCUGUAUUAUUAAUCUGACCCCAUAAAGUUUUUAUCACAUUAUCGGGUACAACUUGAUCUUGUGUACGAAGGAACUGUUUCAGAAUCACAAUAAAAUUCCCAUCCCUCUUGUAUAUGCACUGCUACCGAAAGGUACAACGUUCAAAAACACUGUAUGAAGGUAUAUAAACAGGAAUAAUACUAACUGCACCACAUUUUGGACAAACUAGUGUCGAUGAUGUUAUGCUCUUUAUCUUUUCCACAUCACAAGCACAAUC